AUGACUGAGGAGUGGGAAGCAAACUAUGUAGAUUAUAAAGAGCUAAAGAAACUAUUGAUGGAGUUGUGCGACGACAAGAACAACAAACAAACCACACCAGUACACAGAACAGACAGAAAUUCCACAUUUCUGCGAUCCUUAUGGAAGCAGUUUCAAAAGAUAGAUAAAUUCAUUACGGACAACGAGCGUGAUAUUGCCGGAAAAGUUAAACAUUUAGAAAAGACACAAGAUGCAACUGGAAUUGUGGCAACAAUGAAAGAUUUAGAGAGAUUAUUGAGUUUUGUAGAAUUGAAUCAAGAGGGUAUAAGAAAGAUAUUGAAAAAGUACGACAAAAAAGCAACAUCGACUAUUGGCUAUGAAUAUUACUGUAACAUGGUCAGACCACACUUUCAAUCAAAACUGGCGAUAUUGACACACUAUAACAAAUGUUUACUGAAAACAUAUUCAUCACAAUUUGGUGAUCCAUCCGAUAUAACAGUUUCUGGUGAUCAAUCAGAGAGUGUAUUUUCUUUGGCAUUUGAUCAAUAA